GUCAUCGAGUGUCACGUACACUUCAAAUGAAUAGGAGUGUGAAGGUGUGUAUAGGUAUAUAAGUGGCCGUUCCAUGAGAUAAUCUCUUGAGCAGCUGGACAUUGUGACAUUAAACAAGAAACGACACAGAAAAUGAAGUUCUUGCCGUGGAUGCUCCUUGUCGUCGUGGGCUUUACUCAGGCCCAACGCGAUGUCUGCCCUGACGCAGAAGCUCUGGAACCUUGCACGUGUGACGGGUCGGGAAUCAACUGUAUGAACGCCAAAAGGGCACGCGAACUCGCAGCGUCGUUUAGAGCCAACGGCCAAAACGAGCACCAUGGAUUGUGGAUACAGAAGACGCCGAUACGCCAAAUUCGCAGCGGCAUAUUUGGAAGGUUCAAGUUCGUCGAGGUCUACAUUGAAAUGAAUGAAAACCUCACCAAUUUCGUAGUCGAUUCUCUGGGAGGAUCGCGGAACACUCUGCUGACUCUCAGCCUCUUCGGCAACGCACUGGACACGUUCCCUUUCGAAAAGGCGUCCGAGUACCCAGAGCUGCGUACCCUCAACCUGGCCAAAAACAGGCUGACCAACAUUCCACCGCGAGCUUUUCGCGCUCAGCAAUUGAGGACGCUCGCGCUGUCACACAACCCGAUCACCUCAGUGGGACGCUACGCAUUUUCGGGACUGCCCAGGCUCGAAAAGCUUCACUUGACACAUACGAGGCUGGCAACAUUGGGCCCGUACGCUUUGGCCUCAGCUUCACACGGCAUCGAACUCACGAUUAUCCUAUCAGAUAACAGAAUAUCGUAUAUUGAUGCAACUGCCUUCCAAGGAGCUCGUCCUCUGCUAUUGAGCCUAGAACGCAACAAUUUGACCUCUUUGGCUCAAGAUGCUUUCGUGCCCUUGGUGGGGAACAUGCUGCGGAAUAUGAGGGACAGGGACGAUGUCAAAGCAGGGUCGAUUCUUACUGCUGGAAACCCCCUUUCUUGUCGUGGCUGCGACUAUGGUUGGAUCGUCAAGAACAAAAGGAACGUUUUCCUUAAGCGAAUCCUUUUGGACUUCAGGUGCCCUGAUGGAAGCCGGCUGUCUGAACUGUCGUAUACUGACAUCGAUUGCGACAUGGGUGGAAGAAACAGAUUUAAUUAAACGAGUACACGUUAUGAA